AUGCGCCUUCCCACACUCCUUGCCCCACGGUCCCUGAUCACUUCGAUCUGCGCCACCACCGCCGCCCUCUUCCCGACCACCGCAACGGCCUUGACAGAAGGCACCGUCUGGGCCACGCCGCACUCGCAGUACUCGUCGUCUGUCGGCGUCCUCGGCUGCAAAAUCGAUACGAACCGGGUCGCCUACUGGCCCAGCUCCGUCGACUGCGACAAAAUCUGCAUCUCUCUCAGCCACGAGGGCCGAUCUGUAUACCUGCUCCGCGUCGACUCCUCCGAGGGCGCCUAUGACAUUUCCUACGAUGCCUGGAACUACCUGAUCACCGGCGAGGGCGCGCGCCAGAAGCCCACUGCCGGCGGCGCCGUCGCCAUGGAGUACCGCGAGGCGCCCGCCGACGCCUGCAAGAGCCUCAUCCACACCUCUGGCAACAAGCUGCCGCUCAGCGCGUCCAACAGCAUGAACUUCCUCGCCAGUUGUCUGGAGCAGCCGAAUAGCUGGGUUGCCAAGAACUACGUGCUGUAUAACGUCCUCGAUCCCAUCUGCUCUUGGGGUAACGACGAGACGUGCACGCUCAACUGGCCUGGAGAAAACCAGGCCAAGUGCAAGUCUGGGCUGGGCACACCGUCCGUUCUGAACAACCAGCCGGUUUACAAUAUUGAGUACCCCACGGGCAAGACGGUGCUAGCUAAUAACGGCUCGGUUGUCGAGAACCCUCCGGACGACAAUGCAGCGACCACCAGCCGAAGUCCUGGGGGAUCAGUCAUUGUAUUUGCCCUUGUCGCUACCGCCUCGACUUGGCUAUUUCCUACAAUUUUAGACUUCUUAUAG